UAAAAGAAAGAGAAUCAAGUAUCAGAAGGAUCUAUGAUGAUCUAUUUUCAUUGAAGUGGAAUUUUAUUUGACUUAUUUAUGGAUUGAGAAAUUAAAAAUGUUUAGAAAACUUGUAACUUUUGUUAUUCUUUGUUUCAGCGUGAUAUUUAUAUCUGGUUCAUUUGGUUGUCAAGUGAAGAGGAACGAGCAAACCGACAGUUUUGUUUGUGUUUGUAAUAAUGAUUAUUGUGAUCCCUUACCUGUUGAACCCUUCUCAUCACCUCAAUCAUUGACUAUAUUCUCAACUGAUAAAUCAUAUUAUCGUUUAACCAAAUCAGUUGUAUCCGAAUCCGAUCUUAAGGUCAACCAAUCCUCGGAUAUUAAAGUAACUCUCAAUGUCUUUGAUCGUUUUCAAUCAAUAAUUGGAUUUGGUGGAGCCUUUACUGAUGCAGCUGGAAUCAACAUCAAUAAACUAACGAGUGACGCUUUAAAAGAUCGUUUGAUUGCUGAUUAUUUUGGAAAAGAUGGAGCUGAAUACAGUGUUUGCCGAGUUCCAAUUGGAGGUUCAGAUUUCUCUGAUCGUUCAUAUUCGUAUGAUGACGUUGUUGACGAUUUUGAGCUGAAGCACUUUGCUUUAGCUGCUGAUGAUCAUAAUUAUAAGAUUCCAUACAUCAAAAAAGCUAAGGAGUUGAACGAUAAUCUCAAACUAUUCGGUUCUCCUUGGGCUCCACCAGCUUGGCUUAAGACUAACAAUGCUUCUAAUGGACUGGGAAUAUUAAUCGGUGAACCUGGAAGCAAAUAUUGGAAAACAUGGGCUAAUUAUUUUGUUAAAUUCUUUGACAGUUACAAAGAGCAUGGAAUUGAUUUUUGGGGUUUAACACCCAUAAAUGAGCCAAGAAUGGGUUUACAACCGGCCUUUCGUUGGAAUGCUUGUGGCUUCUCUCCAUACAUGAUGAGAGAUUUCAUUAAAAUAGAUUUAGGACCGACUCUGAAGGCUGCUGGUUAUGGUUUGGAUAAGAUCAAACUAAUGAUUUAUGAUCACAAUAAUGAUGACCUUUAUUCACAUGCACGAGGUAUCCUAUCUGAUGCAGAAGCUGCUAGUUAUGUUUCUGGAGUAGCAUUUCAUUGGUAUGCCAGAGGCUACUAUGAAGAGUUGAACAAAGUACAUGAUAAUUAUCCAGAAUAUUUCUUGAUGUCGACUGAGGCCUGUGAAGGCUCAAUUCACUUCGCUCCUGAUGCUGGAGUUAUGCUUGGCAAUUGGACUCGAGCCGAAACAUAUGCACGUGACAUAAUCGAAGGAUUGAAUCGUUGGUCAACUGGUUGGGUUGAUUGGAACAUCGUCCUGAGUAUGGAUGGAGGCCCUAACUGGGCAUCAAAUUAUGUCGAUGCUCCAAUAAUAGUAUCUGAUGAUGGAACUGAAUAUUACAAACAACCAAUGUUCUAUUCUUUAGCUCAUUUCAGUAAAUUCUUGAAACCAGGAUCACAAAGAAUUUAUCAUCAAAUCGAUGAAGGUCAAAUGGAUGGCGUUAAAAUGACUGCCUUUGUAACUCCAACAAACGAUCUUGUUAUUAUUGUUGUCAAUACAAAUCCAGACUCUGUUCAUAUUACAUUCAAUGGAGCUGGACCGAAUAAGUUUACUCUUGAAUUUGGUCCAAGUUCAAUACAAACAAUCAUCAAACCAUUGAAGUUGUUUGACUGAAUAAGAGCUGUUCAAUGUAUUAAUAGCUCAAUUCGGACUACUUAUUAGAAAUAUUUUAAACCAAAA